AUGAGGGCGCUUGGAAGGGUUGCUUGGGCAUGGCUGCUGCUCCUGCAGCUCGCCGGGGCGUCUCAUGUCGUCUACGACUACGAGAACCUCGAGGUUGAGGCGGCGGCUGACACCGUGCCGCCCUCCAUUGUCGACCCCCUGCUGAGGACAGGGUACCAUUUCCAGCCUCGCAAGAACUGGAUCAAUGCUCCGUUGUACUACAAGGGGUGGUACCACCUCUUCUACCAAUACAACCCGAAAGGCGCCGUGUGGGGCAACAUCGUAUGGGGCCACUCGGUGUCGCGGGACCUCAUCAACUGGGUCGCCCUGAAGCCGGCGAUCGAGCCCAGCAUCGCAUCCGACAAGUACGGCUGCUGGUCCGGGUCGGCGACCACGCUGCUCGACGGCACGCCGGCGAUCAUGUACACGGGCGUGAACCGUCCCGACGUCAACAACCAGGUCCAGAACAUCGCGUACCCUCGGAACAAGUCGGACCCGCUGCUCCGGGAGUGGGUGAAGCCCACGCACAACCCCAUCAUCGUGCCCAGGGGCGGCGUCAACGCGACGCAGUUCCGCGACCCCACCACGGCCUGGCGCCACGCCGACGACGGCCACUGGCGGCUGCUCAUCGGCAGCGUGGACGGUGCCGCCCGCGGCGUGGCGUACGUGUACCGGAGCCGCGACUUCAAGCGGUGGACGCGGGCGCGGCGGCCGCUGCACUCGGCGGACACGGGGAUGUGGGAGUGCCCGGACUUCUACCCGGUCAGCAGGGCCGGCCGGCGCGUGGGCGUCGAAACGUCGGAGGCGGAGGUGAAGCACGUGCUCAAGAACAGUCUCGACCUGCGGCGGUACGACUACUACACCGUCGGCACGUACGACCGGAAGGCCGAGCGGUACGUGCCGGAUGACCCCGUCGGCGACGAGCACCUCCUGCGGUACGACUACGGCAACUUCUACGCGUCCAAGACGUUCUACGAUCCGGCGAAGCGCCGCCGGAUCCUGUGGGGUUGGGCUAACGAGUCCGACACCGCCGCCGGCGAUGUGGCCAAAGGGUGGGCCGGAAUUCAGGCUAUUCCAAGGACGGUGUGGCUGGACCCCAGCGGGAAGCAGCUGCUGCAGUGGCCCGUCGAGGAGGUUGAGGCGCUCAGAGGCAAGUCGGUCACUCUCAAGGACAGGGUAAUUAGGCCAGGACAGCACGUCGAGGUGACCGGGAUACAAGCGGCACAGGCGGACGUGGAGGUGAGCUUCGAGGUGUCGCCGUCGGCCCUGGCUGGUGCCGAGCCGCUGGACCCGGCGCUCGCCUACGACGCGGAGAGGCUGUGCGGCGUCAAGCGCGCCGACGUGAAGGGCGGCGCGGGCCCGUUCGGCCUGUGGGUGCUGGCCUCGGCCAACCUUAAGGAGAGGACCGCGGUGUUCUUCAGGGUGUUCAAAGCCGCCGGCAGCAACAAGCCCGUCGUGCUCAUGUGCACCGACCCUACCAAGUCGUCUCUGAACCCAAACCUGUACCGCCCGACGUUUGCAGGUUUUGUUGACACGGACAUUUCAGAUGGGAAGAUAUCCCUGAGAAGCUUGAUCGACCGGUCGGUUGUUGAGAGCUUUGGAGCCGGAGGCAAGACCUGCAUCCUCUCCAGGGUCUACCCGUCGCUCGCCAUCGGCAAGAACGCUCGCCUCUACGUGUUCAACAACGGGAAGGCGGACGUCAGGGUGUCCCGUCUCACCGCAUGGGAGAUGAAGAAGCCACUCAUGAAUGGCGCAUGA